GGGAGAAGAGGCUGCGGCUGCAAAAAGGAAACCGGGCCAGCGCUGCCCGGAGUGAGGGGCACCCGCCGGGGAGAGAUAUUAACGACGAGUCGCCUUUUAAUGCAGAUUAGUGACCCUGAGUUGUGUGUCUACACGGGCUGAGAACUUGCUGCCCCCCGGUGUUUGUGAAGAGUUGCCCCGGGGGGAGAGUGGAGGACCCCCAAUCUCGAAUUCUAACCGUGGGCUCUUUGUUGAGGGGUUAGCCGGGGUUUCUUGCACUGUAGAGCUAGAGGUGUUGGUCUGGCAAAACAAGCCUUGAGGUUGGCAGCUUGGUUAUGUUUUGGAAAGGGAAGGGCAAGGACAAGGUGGGGGAUGAGAAGCUGGUAAGGGCUCAGUGGAAGAGGAUUCUGGUGGCUACAUUCUAACUACUUGAUACCAGUAAAGCAGGUGUUUGAAAAAUCUUCUCCAAGAUGAAUUUCUUCCUGGAAACACUCAAAGUCCUGGUGCUCUCAAUAUAUUUCCUGUUAGAAUCUCUAGUGUUGUUGUUUGUUCCUGUGCGAAAGAAGAAUGUUGCUGGUGAAAUAGUACUUAUAACAGGAGCCGGAAGUGGAAUUGGAAGACUUCUAGCAUUAAAAUUUGCCCGCCUUGGAGUCACCCUUGUUCUCUGGGACAUUAAUCAAGAAGGUAACAAGGAAACAAGUAAACUAGCUAGAGAAAAUGGAGCCGUGAGAGUGCAUGCUUACUUGUGUGACUGCAGCAAAAGGCAAGAGAUCUACAGAGUGGCAGAUCAGGUUAAAAAAGAAGUUGGUGAUGUUAGUAUCCUAAUCAACAAUGCUGGUAUUGUAACUGGAAAGAAGUUCAUUGAUUCCCCAGAUUCACUUGUGGAGAAAACCAUGGAGGUGAACACCAUGGCACACUUCUGGACUUACAAAGCCUUCCUUCCAGCCAUGAUGGCCUCUAACCAUGGACACUUGGUUAGUAUUGCAAGCUCAGCAGGACUGAUUGGAGUCAAUGGGCUAGCAGAUUAUUGUGCAAGUAAAUUUGCAGCAGUGGGCUUUGCAGAAGCAGUCGGUUUAGAAAUGCUGGCUCUAGGGAAAACCGGCAUUAAAACCACUAUUGUGUGUCCUUACUUCAUCAACACAGGAAUGUUUGAUGGUUGUAAAACCAAGUGGCCAUGUCUACUUCCUAUUCUAGAUUCGAACUAUGCAGCUGAGAAAAUUGUGAGUGCUAUUCAACGGGAGCAAGUGCUUCUGCUGAUGCCACGAAGCAUGUACUUUUUAUGUUUUCUGAAAAGUAUUUUGCCUGUGAAAAUGGGAAUACUCCUUGGAGACUACAUUGGGGCCUUCCACUUCAUGGACAACUUCAGAGGUCGAGUGAAGAAGGACUGAAAAUAAAGAAUGAAAAUAUCCAAUACUAGCAGUUCUAAAUUAAUGGACCAGUUUAGAGUUUAAAAAAUGGCCUGCUGUUUCAGCUGCACAGAACUUGCCUUCUAUAUAACUGUGCCUCAUGCUUUUGUUAAUUAACAGUUUUAAUCAACAGUUUCCAACACAAGCUCUCUCUCCUUCAUUCCCUGAAUAGCUAUCCUCGAUGUGAUGCCUGUCAUAGUCUCUUAUCCUUAUUGAAUGAGUAUGGGUAUCCAUUUCACAAACUAAUCACAAUUGGCACCUAUAUGGGUAUUCUCAGUUAAGAAAUGGUGUAAUGGGCUGGGAAGCUAAAUUGACUUUGCAUGCUUUCAAGAUAGUCCCCUCCAGAACAAUAUUGCUGUGAGGGCUGUCUGAGAAAAUUUAUCUUUGUCAUUGUCUUUACUGUUCAGUUGAUGAUUGGAAGUAUUUCCUGAGCUGUUUGGCAUCUUUUACGAGCACUAAAAUUCACAUUCAUAAAAUUAAGUAAAAUGGCAGUUGUACACACUGAAAAUAUUUUCCAUACCUGUGAUGUUGAUUCACUAAUCAAAUACAUCUGAAGGGUAAUAAUCAAUUUACUAUUAACGUCUGUGGAAAAGAUUCCAAUAGCCAAUGAUUAUAGAUAUCAGCCCAUCUCUGGAAGGGAUACAACAAUUGUACAUGCUUGUCUGAUUACAAAUGUUAACUUCUAAAUAAAUGCCCAUAUUUUUAGUA